GAGACAGUCAGCCACAAUAUCAAACUGAGCAGCUGCAAAAAAAAACUAACAAGGCGCCGUUUGACUUCAUAGAAGCAUCUUUUGUGAGCUCUCCGUGGCGUGUUGAGGGGUUUUGCACACCGGUAUGGCGCGGUUUCUGUAGGAUAGGACUGUAGCAUGAUUUAUUUUCGAAUCUCGGUUUUGUAAAACGCAGCUGGCAACUGUUUAUAUCGUGAUUUCAACAGCUCACUUCUUCCAGUUUCCCUGAUUAGUCUGCUUAUCCAUGCUUUAUUCGUUAUCCACGUGUGUGUUGUUUGAUCAAACGUCUUAAACAACAUCAAGGGGCGACUUGAGCUGAUCUGCUGCUGUUAGGAUGUCAUCUGUCGGUCAAACACAACGAAGCGCGCUUCAAGAUCCGGGAGCAGGUGUUCACAAUCAAGAAAACAUGCUUUCGCGACUACGCGGCGCAGCGAAGAACAGAACUGAGAAUCGGGAAAAUGUCAACCCUAAGCCAGGCAACCGGACUGUGCUGGGCGCCCUGGGGAACAAUCAGCGCCGACAGCCCGUUCUGCGCGGCGCUAAACAGGUCUCUGGGCCCCAAAUAAUUGCAUGCAAAUCUGAAGAACAUGGCAGAAGCUUUGGAGAGAAGCCCUCCACCAAGCCACCUGCUUUUCAGAUCCACGUGGAUGAGCCUGAUGGUGCAUGCUCUAAGAAACCGUCAACCCAAAGAGCAACCAUGGAUUGCUCCCCUCUCACACUAAAUCCCACUGUGACCCGCCUAAGGCAGCCCCUCGCCACUAUCGAUCUGCCAAUGGAGGCCAGCUUUGAUUCUCCUAUGGAUAUGUCAAUAAUGGAUGGUGAGGAAAGGCCCACAAAUGUCAAUGAAGUCUCAGAUUAUGCAACAGAAAUACACACACACUUGCGGGAAAUGGAGGUCAAGUCGAAACCAAAAGCAGGUUACAUGAAAAAACAGCCUGACAUCACAAACAGCAUGCGUGCCAUUCUGGUGGACUGGUUAGUGGAGGUGGGAGAGGAAUACAAGCUCCAGAAUGAGACUCUCUACCUGGCUGUGAACUACAUCGAUCGCUUUUUGUCUUCCAUGUCUGUCCUGAGAGGAAAACUACAGCUAGUUGGCACAGCUGCUAUGCUUUUGGCUUCGAAGUUUGAGGAGAUCUACCCCCCAGAGGUGGCAGAAUUUGUUUACAUCACUGACGACACCUACACAAAAAAACAAGUGUUGAGGAUGGAGCAUCUGGUGCUAACAGUUCUCUCGUUUGAUCUUGCUGCUCCAACAAUCAAUCAGUUCCUCACCCAGUAUUUCUUACACCAGCCUGUGAGCAACAAAGUGGAAAGCUUAUCAAUGUUUCUUGGUGAGCUGAGCUUGAUAGAUUGUGACCCCUUCCUGAAAUACCUCCCAUCUCAAACCGCUGCUGCAGCUUUCAUUUUGGCCAAUCACACAAUUGCAGGUGGAUCAUGGUCGAAGGCACUUGUUGAGAUGACUGGCUACACUCUGGUGGAUCUUAUGCCGUGCAUUCAGGAUCUACAUCAGACCUACCUCGGUGCUGCUCAGCACACACAGCAAGCUGUUAGGGAGAAAUACAAGGGCUCAAAGUACCAUGAAGUCUCUCUCAUUGAGCCUCCAGAGAAGCUGAUGCUAAACUAACCAGCUCAUCAACAUUGUUCAUUGGUUCCAUACCUCUAUGGGAAUUUGCACACUCUUUUUGAUGCUUUAUUUCCAUAACUCCAAUAACUGAAGCCAUAGCCUCAAUUUCAGGGCAAUGGUGAAACCAAGUUUUUUUUUCCUCCCCUUUUUAUAUAUAAUGCUUGGUACAACCAGAUAUUUGUACAUUAGGUAAUCAAGCAUUGUUUUAAUAUUUCAGUGUUUGUAUUCUAUUUUUAUGAAAGACUCCCAGCAUUGCACUUUAAUUUUAUAUUUUGGUUGAAGUAAACCCUCCCUCUUACAUUUUAAUAAAAGUGCUGCUGGCCUUUUAACAUGC